CCCACCCCCUCUCUCUCUGUCUAUGUGUUUCUGCUAUUCAUUCGAUCAUUUCCUCGAUGUCAACCCCACUUCCGGGCUCCUUGCUGCCACCGCCGGCAGCCACCACCACCACCCCGGCAUCUCCUCUACCGCCCUGUCUGGCCACAUCUCCUCCGUCUCGAUCGACUGGGCUUGAGGUUGGGAUUGCCAGUAUUGGCGUGGUGCUGGUGCUGGUGCUGUUGGUGAUGAUGUUUCUGUUCAUGUAUCUCAAGAAAAAGAGAAGGGCGCUUUCCUCUACAUCCCCUAGCAGUCUUCCCCAUUUCGGCAUGCGCGUUUUCGCUCUUCACGAAGUACAGGAGUUCACAGGUGGCUUCUCAGAGGCAAAUCUACUCGGAGCAGGUGGUUUUGGGCACGUGUACCGCGGAGUCCUUCCCACCAGGGAAGAGGUAGCAGUGAAGCGACUGAAGGUGGGGAGCAGACAGGGAGAGCACGAGUUUCGGACUGAGGUUGAAGUAAUAGGCCGAGUUCAUCACAAGCAUGUCGUGUCUUUGGUUGGAUACUGCACAACCUGGUCCGAGUGCAUGGUCGUGUACAAGUUGGCGCCUAACAACAGCUUGUGGUAUUACUUACAUGGUAUGGGACGACCGACCCUAGAUUGGCCAACUAGACUGAAAAUUGCUUUGGGGUCUGCCAAAGGACUAGCAUAUCUUCACGAGGAUUGUCAUCCUAAUAUCAUACAUCGCGAUAUCAAGGCAGAUAACAUACUUUUGGACGUUGAUUUUGAGCCAAUGAUUGGGGAUUUUGGACUCGCAAAAUGGACUUCUGAAUCAAGGAGUCAUGAGUAUACCAGAGUGUUGGGCACGAGAGGGUAUGUUGACCCAGAUUACAGAUUGAGUGGGAAACUAACAAAAAAAUCAGACGUUUACUCUUUUGGUGUCGUGCUCCUGGAGUUGAUCACUGGUCGCAGACCUGGGGAUUAUAGUGAUGAUGAUGAUCUGGUCGUUCUGGUAAGUCAUGCAAUUCUCAAGUUCACAAUUAUAGCCCAAGCUACCCGUCAUUUUUUUCUUGGGUCCUGGAGUGGAUCUAAUUUAUCGGUGGUUUUUGUUAUGCAAAUGCAAUAUUGAAACAGAAUCAAUGUUAAUGG